GGUGGCGGGACAGGCAUGGCGUGGGGUUUAGUGUGUGGGCUGGAAGCUCUGCUCAGUUUCAUAUGGCAGAUCGUCCUGUGGAUGAUCCAGAGGUGUUUCCUGCAGAGGAUGAGGUCAUGUCAACAGUGCCUACAAACCUGCUUCGACCCGGGCCACGUCUAUCAGAUGACCGAGGGACGCCUCUGCCAGGUGCAGCUCCUGGACGACAGAAAGCUGGAGAUGUUGGUUCAGCCGAAGCUGUUGUCUCGUGAACUCUUGGAUUUGGUCUCAUCGCAUUUUAACCUUAAGGAGAAGGAAUACUUUGGGUUCACCUAUGUGGAUGACACUGGUCAGUGCAAAUGGUUGCAGCUGGACCGCAGAGUGCUGGAACACGACUUCUCCAAGAAAUCAGGGCCUAUUGCUCUUCAGUUCCUGGUGAGGUUUUAUAUCGAGAGCAUUUCACUUCUAAAGGAGCACACGACUGUGGAGCUAUUCUUUCUGAAUGCCAAGUCUGCCAUCUAUAACGGUGACAUUGAGGUGGAGAGUGAGCUGGUUUUUAAAUUAGCUGCUCAUGCAUUGCAGGAAUCUAAAGGAGACUAUACAAGUGAUGAGAACACCAGAGCCGAGCUGAAGAAGCUUCCAGCAUUGCCCACCAAAGUACUGAAGGAGCAUCCGUCUCUAGCAUACUGCGAGGAGCGUGUGAUUGAGCACUACAAGCUGUUGAAAGGGCUCUCCAGAGGGCAGGCCAUUGUGCAGUAUUUGACCCUGGUGGAGUCGCUGCCCACAUAUGGAGUGCAUUAUUAUGAAGUAAAGGAUAAGCAAGGCAUGCCGUGGUGGCUGGGCAUCAGCUAUAAAGGCAUUGGACAGUAUGACCAACAGGAUAAAGUAAAACCCCGAAAGCUCUUCCAGUGGAAGCAGUUGGAGAACUUGUACUUCAGAGAGAAGAAGUUCGCUGUGGAGGUGAACGACCCUCACAGGCGAACGGUGACUAAGCGGACUUUCGGCCAGACGGGGCUUGUGAUCCACACUUGGUAUGCCAGUCACUCAUUGAUCAAAACCAUCUGGGUCAUGGCCAUCAGCCAACACCAGUUCUACCUGAACAGAAAACAGAGCAAAGCAAAAAUCACCGCAGCCCGCAGUUUAGGAGACAUCGCGACCGACCUGACAGAGAACGGAGCAUCAAAGAUGAACAAACUGAGUGCAGCGGUGAAAAAUCAGCUCAUCAUGGCCAGCAACGGGAGUCUGGUCUCGACAGGUUCGGCUGACUCCGAAAUGAACGACGACCAGAAAAAAGAGAAACUUGCAGAGUUGAGAAAGAAAGAGAGAGAGAUCCAGGAUAUACUUGGCCAGAAACUGACGGAGCUGAAGGAAAUUUGCCUGCGAGAGGCUCAACUCACUGGCAAACUCCCAAAAGAGUAUCCCAUCAUCAAAGGCGAAACCCCUCCUCAUGUUCGGAGGAGAGUCGGGACGGCUUUCAAAUUGGAUGACCUUUUCCCAUAUAAUGAGGAUCCAUACCUCAGAAAUUUGGAGAGCCGCUUUGCACUGCAGCAGAAAAUCGUGGAAGCGGCAAAGAAGCUCGCUGCCGAUCCUGACAUCUCUAAAUUAGUGAGGAAAAAAAGGAGGAGGAACUGUCUGGACGCCAUGCAGAAACUGCAGGAGAUUGAAGAUGAAAUGAACCAGUACAGACUGAAGAAAGGACAGAAACCCACACAGAGAGCUUCUGUGAUCAUAGCCGAUGAAAUGGCUCAGUCUGAGUGCAGCUCCCUGUGUGAUAGUCUUCCUCUAGAUGACGAAGAUGACAGCCAGCGGCCGCGAUCUCGCUCCGUCCAGUGUUCCCCGUGUCUCAGUCCUCCUCUGUCAUCGUCCGGCCUGGAGUACGACCCCGAGAGACGAUCCUCAGCCAGCGACAGACCUCUUAACAGAUUAGAUCAUGAGGUCCAAGUGCCAGGACAUUAUUACACCCCCCGAGAGGUGUUCUCUGCCCAAAGCAGUCCGUGUAAAACUUUACCCAGAAUGCUGAGGAACCCCCGCAGCUUACCGCAAACCCCCGUCAUGCCCCGUAACGCCUACAGCAGCAGCCAACUCAGGUUGGACGGUCACAUCCGUGGUUUCCGACACCGCAGCGGUAGUUUGGAGUCUCAGUCACAACUUCUCCACUCUCCCUGCGCAAACAAGGCGGUGUUCCCGCUGUCUCCUUCACGGCGUAGCAACAGCACUGAGGUGUUGGAUGACUGCUCGUCCUAUACCAGCAUGUCCAGCAUGGACUACUGCCUCCCCUGCUCGGCCACUCCUCCCUACCGCACACUGGACUCACAAUCCCACGACUACCGGCUCCACCGCAAAGUGGAGAUCUACGGCAAUACGGGCAGCAUGCCCAACUUGGUCCCUCAGAACUCCAGCUGUUAUGGCCACCAGCAGAAUCACUACGGACCGACUGCCAACUACGUGACUGGAUAUCCCGGCUUCGAAUAUGAGCCUUGUUCUAACGGAGCUUACGUUUACGAGAGCGAACUCGAGGGGCACUAUAACAUCAACCCCACUUAUCCAGCACAUGGUUACCAGGGCCGUGGUCGCCACAGGCAUUAUGGAAUAGAGGGAUCGGAUAAUUUGUCACAGAAUCCAUAUGCAACUGUUAGGCCCCCUAGAGGAAGGCAGGGACCCUUGAAUGAGGUGUUGACGAAGAACAUGUACAAGGCUUUGGUGGCAGAGCAUUUGAAGGGAUGGUACAAUCGCAGCGCUGGGCACAAGGACCCAGGUCCCUAUCAGCUGGUGUACACCUACAAAUAUGACCGAGGUUCCCAGCACAGCCUAGGCUACCAGACUCUGCCCGCACCCUUCAGCCACUCCAGCCGAACCAACUCGUUCUCCUCAGUGUCAUCUACUGCCAGCGGAGGGGGAAACUGGCAGAAUCAUUUAGCAGUGGGCCUGACCGAUGGUGAAUUGCCAGAUGUUCCCUUGAGCGCUGGGGCUCACAGUCCUUCGUACAAUCGCAGCCCAACACACAACAGGUUCCCAGCUGAAAGUGCCACCUCUCACACACCAGAGCCGGCAGAGGUGUUCGGUGCCAUGGCCAGCUGUUCCGACGCAGACCAUUAAAGAGCACAUGAGGACAGAGCACACGCUGUUACCGCAGCAACACGACUGCUGUAUUUCCCAACGGCUGGUGGACCAAAAGACAUAUUGGCACAACAGAAAGGAGAAAGGAAACAGAAGCACCUUACCGACAGAUGUGGAAAACAUGGACCUAAUUCUCUCGUGCCUUGGAAUGAGAUGUCUUUCAGUUCCAGAGUGACAGAAGAAGCGCUGUGGUCAUGCUAGUAGGCGUCUAGCUGAACAAAUGACUCAUAAAAAGCCCAAACCUGUCAGAGCAUCAGUGUUUAUUUGAGUUAGUACUGCGGCGAGCACAGAGAAAAUCAAGCCAACCAAACCGAGAAGUGCACACACAUAGUGAAUGUCAUUUUAUAGUGUAUUAAGAAGGUGAAGAAACUAGGCAUAUCACAUGACCUUUUUUUUUUUCUUUUUUUUUACGUUGGCAUACACAGAACAGUUGAUAGAUUUGACCUUCAAAACAAUGCGAUUACAAAAUAAUGUAAAUAUUAUUAUGAAUGAGUGGCUGUUUUUAAAUUGCUUUUCAUUUUUUAUUUAUUGAGUUGUCCAUGCUUGUAGAAGUGCAUAAUAUGUGAGACCAGCGAGUCGUUGAUACUGUAUAUAUUUUGUCCUGCACAAAUUCUGUUAGAACAGCACUUGGUUGAAGUGAACUUGGCAAGACUGCCGAAACAAGACCCUGGAAAACCU